UUUCGCGGGGCGCAUUUCCUCUCCUGUUACCCCGUCUGUGUCUGGUGGUCACUGGGUCAAAAGGAGAAGGCGUCCGCGUUGGGACAGUGACCCCAAUAUCAGGGACACCCUUCUCGCCCGCGGCUCCCGCCCCUCCAGUCGCGCAGUCCGAUGGCGGCGACCGCGCUGUUGCGCUCGGCUGAGGUAGUUGUGACCUUCGAGGAUGUUGCCGUGUACCUGUCCAGGACAGAAUGGCUCCUCCUUGAUGAGGCUCAGAGAUGCCUGUACCUCAAUGUGAUGCUGGAGAACUACGCUCUUAUAUCAUCGCUGGGUUGCUGCUGUGGAGCAGAGGAUUUGGAGGCACCGACAGAACAGAAUAUUACUGUAAGAGUCUCUAAGGCUGUGAAUCUGAAGUCAACACUGUCUUCCCAGAAGAGCCACCCCUGUGAGAGUUGUGGGUGUGUCUUGAGACACAUUUUCUUCUCGGUGGACCAGCAGGGAACCCAACAGGGCUCAACACUGCUGAGGUGUGGGGCAUGUGCAAAACCAUUUUAUUUCAGUGCACAGAGUCACCAACUCCAGGAGCAGGACACAGCAGAGAACAGUUUCAUUAGCACUAUGGACAGGGUCUCGUUAUCAAAGAGCUGCAAUUUCCAUGUGUCGUGGAAUUUUUGUACCUCUAGUCAGGUUGGAAAAUGCUUCCUCAUCAGCUCCAGAUAUCCUGCACAACUGACUGCUUACACCAAACACAGGGGGAAAAAAAUCUGGAAGUCUGGAAUAACUUGUCCCACUACAAAAUAUUACACACCAAGAGAAUGCAAGAAAGCCAUUGGCUGUGAUGACACACUUGUUAAGGACCAGAGAUUCCUUACCGAAAGGAAGUGUUUUUUGUGCUCUGAAUGUGGGAAAUCCUUUACCAAAAUUUCUGCCCUCCAUGUUCAUCAGAGAGUUCACACUGGAGAAAGGCCUUAUAAAUGUGGUGAAUGUGAGAAAUCUUUCACCACUUGCACUGGUCUCCUUCAUCAUCACAGAGUUCACAGUGGAGAAAGGCCUUAUGAAUGUGUUGAAUGUGGGAAAUCCUUUACGCAGAGCUCUACCCUCCGUCGUCAUCAGAAAGUUCACACUGGAGAAAGGCCUUAUGAGUGUGUUGAAUGUGGAAAAUUUUUUACUCAGAGCUCUACCCUCCGUCGUCAUCAGAAAGUUCACACUGGUGAAAAGCCUUAUAAAUGUGAUGGAUGUAGUAAAGCCUUUACCCGUAGCUCUGACCUUCGUAAACAUCACAGAAUUCACACAGGGGAAAGGCCUUAUAGUCAUGGUGAAUAUGGUAAAUCUUUAACCAAUAGUUUUAUCCUCCAUCGUCAUCACAAAGUUCACACUGAAGGAAGCCCUUAUAAGUGUGGUGAAUGCGAAAAAUCUUUUAACAGUAGGUCGGGUCUCCUUUAUCAUGAGAAAGUUCACACUGGAGAAAGGCCUUUUAAGUGCAGUGAAUGUGGGAAAUCUUUCACUGGUCACUCUGUUCUCCGUCAUCAUCAGAAAAUUCACACUGGAGAAAGGCCUUAUAGGUGUGGUGAAUGUGGGAAAUCUUUUACACAAAACAAUAUCCUCCGUCGUCAUCAGAAACUUCACAGUGGAGAAAGGCCUUUUAAGUGCGAUGAAUGUGGGAAAUCUUGUACCAGUAGCUCUGACCUCCAGGAACAUCGAAGAGUUCACACUGAAGAAAGGCCUUAUGAGUGCGCUGAAUGUGGGAAAUCUUUUAAGCAAAAACAUACAUUUCUUUCUCAUCACAGAGUUCACACUGGAGAAAGGCAUUAUAAAUGUGGUGAAUGUGGGAAAUCUUAUACCAGUAGCUCUGCCCUCUGUGUUCAUAAGAGACUUCAUACUGGAGAAUUUCCUUAUAAGUGUGGUGAAUGUGGGAAGUCUUAUACCAGCAGCUCUGCCCUCCGUGUUCAUCAGAGAAUUCACACUGGAGAAAGGCCUUAUAAAUGUGGUGAAUGUAGGAAGUCUUAUAUCACUAGCUCUGCCCUCCGUGGUCACCAGAGAGUUCACACUGGAGAAAGGCCUUACGUGUGUGGUGAAUGUGGGAAAUCUCAUGCCAGGAGCUCCGACCUCCGUAAACAUCAGAGAGUUCACACUGGAGAGAGGCCUUAUGUGUGUGGUGAAUGUGGGAAAUCUUUUAUAAGUAGCUGUGGCCUCCGGUAUCAUUACAUAGUUCACACUGGACAAAGGCCUUAUGUGUGUGGGGAAUGUGGGAAAUCUUUUACCCAUAGCUGUAUCCUCCGUAAUCAUCAGAAAGUACACACUAGAGAGAGGCCUUACGAGUGCAGUGAACAUGGGAAAUCUUGUACCUGUAAGUCUGCCCUCCAUUUUCAUUAGCGUUCACACUGGGUAAAGUACUUGCGAGUUCAGUAAAUGGGGAAAUCCUCUAUGUGUACCAGUUACCUCAAUUGUCAUCACAGAGUUCACACCAAAGAAACGCUAAUGAGUGGUGAAUGUGGGGAAUCUUUCAGCUGUUGCAUUGACUAUCGAUGUUACCAGAGACGACACACAUGAGCAAAGUUUGAUGGCUGCAAGGAAUGUGAGAAUUGUUUUAUCGGUAACCUUCAUUUUCCUGAAAGACUUCACAUUGGAGAAAGGCCUCAUGAAUGCAGUGAAAGUGGGAAUUCCUUUUUUUGUAGUAGUCCCCUCGGGUAGUCCCCAAGUAACCCUUCAGAAUGGCCUUAUGCCUGCAGUGAAUUUGAAAAAUGUUUUUCUUGUAUCAUUGACUUCUACUAGUGUGAUAGAGUUUAUACUGUUGAAAUGCAACUUGAGUGACGUGAAUACGAGACGUGUUUAAACUAUAGCCAUUCCCUUUAUUAUCAUUAGAGAAUUCACAAGGUCUAAGUCCCUGUAAGUUAAGGUAAUUUGGGAAAUGCUUUAUUAUCUAUCCGUUGCCUUUGUUAUCUUCUGAGAAGUUACACAGGAGAAACAUUUUUAUAUACAAGAAAUAUGAGAAUUUUUUCUAUAGCACAAUCUCCCAUUAUAUUCCCAGUUUCACUCUACUGAAUACCCUUGUAAGUAAGGGGGGUGUGGGGAAAUGUUUUUUAUUUCUUAUCAGAGAGUUGACAGACGAGAUAGACCUUAUGAUAACAUGAAAUGUGGGAAUUCUUUCACCUUGUUUCCAUAAGCAUGUCAAUGUAGUUCACACUGGUAAAGGAUUCAAGCAUGAAGUGAACAUGGGAAAUCUUAGCCAUAAGUCUUUAGCCUUUUGACAUUGGAGAGGUCUCCAACAUCAAAAGGUUAGAUUGUAGGAAAUUUUUUUUGAUGUAAUGAUACUGAAAAAAACUUUCUGAAGAUGUCUGAGUUUAAUUUUAUAUGCUCAGUGUGGAGAUGUCUCAGAAAUUUCAUAUUUAAAUUUUGAAGUAACAGAUACGGUCUAAACUAAUGUUGCAUUUAUGCAUUCAUAGUUAUAUGUAUGAGGGUUGCAUUCCCCCACUCUAACAAAAUGUUGAUUUGUUUAAUUUUUAUACUUAUAGCUCUUUUUAUAUAUUUGUCAUGCUCUUUUUAUUAUUCUAGUGGUACUUAUCUAAGGACUGGUGAGCAUUUUUCAGGAGUGUAUGUUAUGGGGAUUUGUUUUUAGUAUAUUCUGUACUCACAUACUUCACCUAUUGUUUUAUAAUUUAGGGCUACUCUCCUUAGAAAAUAGGGGAAUGAAACAACAAAGAUCUAUGUUGUAACGUCACCCAUCUUCACUCCUUAAAAAACAAAUAAUUUUUGUUUCAUGGAAUAAUUAUUUUUAUGGAAAAUUGUUUUUAGUAGUGGAAAACAAAUCAAAUUAUUUGGAUAUUUUUGCUAUACAGAAUGUGUAGGUACAUACAUAUAUAUUUUAGGGUAAUCUGCAUUAUUAACACACUUCUUUGCUUUUGUAAAUUCAGUCAUUAAUAUAAUAAUUUUUGCUUUUUAGUUUUUCAGCCCUUUCUGUGGUCUUUCAUCUGGGGUUGAUGUGCUGCAACAGGACUUGAACGUACACCAGGUGGUAUGAGGACCAGUGGGUAUUUGUUGAGCCUGAAAGUUCUCCCAGAAGCCAAAGACAAGAAAACAGUGAUUAGACUCCCCAUAUAUUGGCAGUGCAACUGGAUUUAAAUCUUAGAAUACUGAUCAUUCAUAAGGUUACAGGAAAGUGAUUCACCCUAUAGGUCUCAGUAUUUUCCUGUGUAAAUAGGGGUAAAAAGCACCCUUGCCCUGGGUUGAGUGGCACAAUGGUUUGAAAGUUGUCCCACAAACCAAAAGGUGUGUGUUCGGUUCCUGGUCAGGGCACAUGCCUGUUUUGGUCCAGUUCCCAAGUUAGGGGAGUGGGAGAGACGAGCAGUUAAUGUUUUUGCACUUGGAGAUAUCUCUCCCUCUCUUUCUCCCUUCCUUACCCUUUCUAAUAGCCAGAGAACAAAAUAUUUUUAAGAAAGAGCAUCCUUCAUCCCUGGUUGCACAUUUUCCAGGCCUUGCAUUUUGAUCAUUAUUAUUCUUUUAAUCCUUACAGCACCCUGGGAAUUACUGUUACUGUACUUUUGGGAGAAAUAGGAUGGAGAAGAGGAAGGGGUUUUUCCAAGGUCACAGAGCAGACAAUUGUCAGAUUCAAGUGGCUGGAUUUGAACAAGUGAGUCUGGCUCCAGGGCUGUGGACAAUCUACCACAGCAUAGUAGGCCCUCAGCACAAGGCAGGAAGACAGGGACAAGAGAAACUCAGCUAGCUACUGUUUUCAUUAUUGUAAGUUUUCUGCAUUUUACUGGUGUCUCAGGGUGCUUAACAUCUGCAUCACACUCUUCAUGGGAACCCUAUGGGGCACUUCCAGUUGUCUCUCCAGGGGAAACGACUUUGAGUCUUAGCUGUGUUUUGUCUGCCUCCUUUCUGAGCUUAGUACACACAGGUCAGCACUAAUGAGGCCCAAGUGAUUCUUGGCUGGCUCUUUCUGCACAUUUACUUGUCUUUUGCAUAGCAGGUUAGGAUAUUAUACACUGGUGAAUAUUAUCCACUCCGACACUUCCAGUAUUCUUUUGUAAAUGUUGCUGAUAGGUACUCUGCAAUAUCGAGGACAGGUUGAUAUGAUAGAGACCUGUGUGACGCUGGAGACCUAUUGUACUGUUAUCUACUCAGUGGAGUGCUCAUUUAUUCUUCAUAUAGGAAACUGUCCUUUAGAUCCUGUACUACAUGGGUGUCCAGCCUGUGGCCCCAGGCUGCAUGUAGCCCAGGAUGGCUAUGAAUGUGGGUCAACACAGUCAUACAUUUAUUUAAAACAUUAUGAGAUUUCUUUUUUGUGAUUACGUGUUAUAGUGUAUUUAAUGUGUGGCCCAAGACAACUCUUCUUCCAGUUUAGAACAGAGGCGCCAAAAGGUUGGGCACCCCUGCUACUCUGUCAAGUACUGGCUGGAUGAGGAAUUGAGGCUCUCCGUGUUUUUCCUGCAGCCCUGACCGUUUUCAGCAAUGACAUUCCCCUUUCCACCCUCCUGCUGUCUACCUCAGAGAUACUUUGUUAGAUGCAAGUCCUUCUGAACAAAGUGAGAUUCGUCUCCUGAUGGCUCAAGACAGGCCAGUCGGCCAAAUCAGGUUGGGUCUGUGUCUACACGACCUUAUUAGCAUUGUUAUGGCUCGUUGCAUUUCCUGAGAACAGGACGAGUGUGCAGCAUUCUUGGUGAUGUUUGCAGUCUGAUCUUAAGAUAUGUUCCUAACAACACAAUCCAUCUGAAGUCACCUGGUGGCAUGCAUGGACACUGUCUGAAAAUUGACCUCUUUCCCUUUGCUGUUUCCUCAUUACUGUCAGUAGAAUGAAUUGGAUUAGUGCCGAAUCUCUAAAGCCUUUCUAAGUGUUUCUGAUUAUCCAUUUUCCACAUGGAGCAGCCCUCAGCAGCCCUUGUAAGUUACCUGGGACUUGAGCAUUUAUUAUUAUUUUGAUGUCAUUGCAUUUCCAUGGUAACCUAUCACUAGUCACAAGUCCCACUGAUUUUCCCAGUUAUUUGGAGAGAUACAGGUAUACUUUUUAGGAUGUAUUAUAUACAAGAAAAAUUGUGUAGGUCAUGUUCAAGGGAACAAUAACCAUGGGCACAGCUGUGUCCCCUAAGCAGAUGUCAUGUGUCAGGUCAUUUGCGGGCACAGUUCAGUCUCCUAUUAAACUCUAAGAUCAUCUGCAGCCCCUAGUUUUAAGUUUAUUCACAUGCUUGUUUAUAUUGCUGCUUGUAUUUUACAGCUUUUUAUUGUGUUUUUCAAGUGUGUCUUGGUGUGUCACUAAAUCCUACAGAAAGUUUGAAUCUUUUUAUUUUUUUACAUAUAUUUUAUUGAUUAUUUCAUUACAGUCGUUCCAAUUAUUUUACCUUUGUCCCAUUGCAUCCUGUACCUUCCACCCCGCAAUUUCCCCGCCCAAUCAUUUCAUGUCCAUGGGUCAUGCAUAUAAGUUCUUUGGCUUCCCCAUGUUCUAUACUAUUUUUAACCUCCCCCUGUCUAUUUUGUAUCUAUCAUUUUUGUUUUUUAAUCACUGCAUAUUUUCCCCUUCUCCCUCCCAACUGAUAACCCUACAAGUUAUUUCCAUACCUAUGAUUUUGUUCUUGCUCUGGUUGUUUCCUAUGUUUUUUUUUGCUUUGUUUUGUUUUAGAUUCAAUUGUUGAUAGUUCUGAAUUUGUUGCCUUUUUAAUGUUCAUAGUUUUAAUCUUCUUCUUUUUUAAUAUUUUACUUAUUUAUUUUUAGAGAGAGGGGAAGGAAAGGAGAAAGAGCGGGAGAGAAACAUCAAUGUGUGGUUGGCUUUCAUAUGUUCCCUACUGGGGACCUGCAACCCAGGCAUGUGCCCUGACUGGGAAUUGAACCUGUGACCCUUUGCUUCACAGGCCCAUGCUCAGUCCACUGAGCUAUACCAGCCAGGGCUGAUCUUUUUCUUAAAUAAGUCCCUUUAACACUUCGUGUAAUAUGUGCUUAAUAAUGCUGAACUCCUUUAGCUUUACACUCUCUGGGAAGCACUUUGUCAGUCCUUCUAUUUAAAUGAUAGCUGUGCUGGAUAGACUAAUCUAGUUUGUAGGUCCCUGCUUUUCAUCACUUUGAAUACUCUUUGCCAGUCUCUUCUUGCCUGCAAAGUUUGUUCUCAGAAAUCAGCUGAUUGCCUGUUUUGGGGCACUCCUUUGAAGGUAAUGCUUUUCUGUGCUGCUUUUAAGCGUCUCUCUUUAACUUUUUAACUUUUGGCAUUCUAAUUAUAAUAUGUCUUGGUGUGGUCUUCUGUGGGUCAAACUUGUUUGGGACUCUGUGUGCUUCCUGGGCUUGUAUGGCUAUUUCUUCCACCAAACUGAGGACAUUUUCUUUAAUUAUCUUUUCAGAUAAAUUUUCACUUGUGUGUGCGUGUAUGUGGGAACUAUUAAUUAAUAGUCAAAGCCUACAGAUUGAUUUCUUCUUGAACACACCCACAGUACAACCCCGGCAGCCUGUGGUCUUGGUGUGCUGAUCUCAAACACAAAGAUCCCAGAAGUAGCGCAGCCCUCUGUGGGCUGAAUUUUCUCAGCUGCUCUGGGUCUUCAUGAAGCUUAUUGUCCAGACCAUUGGCCGGUCCUUCACAUCCUUCUGUCUGUUCAAGAACCAGUCUGGAAUCUUGUACUAAGGUGGGUUCUGCAUAAUGGUAAUCACCUGUUCUACCUCAUCCUCUGUGAACUCUCCUGCCCUCAUGGGGAGGUUGAUGUCUGCUUUCCUCAACCUCACAGGAGCAUAUCUUCACCCCACAGCCUUAAUUGCAGUGAUGGCAAAGGCUGUUUUCCAUUGUGCAUCAAUAUAGGUGUUGAGUACUCACAAAUUGUGUUGGAAUUUCUCAGAAAUCACUAGAGACAUGGCUGCAGUGGUGUGUAGGCCUCCUGUGGAAGAUCUCAAAUAAUUUUUCACUGUCUUGCUCUUUCUCUUCUCCUUUGGGCAUCCCUAUUAUUCUUCCUCGUGUCCAAAUCCUUGACUUGAAUCCCGGCUCUCUUUCCUGCGCUGCUGGUUUCCUGUUGAUUUUUAUUUCACUUAGUGUAGCCAUCAUCUCUUCCUUUAUGUUGUUGCUGUACUCGAUGAGUUCUUUAGCAUCCUGAUUAGCAAUGUACUGAACUCUGCGUCUGACAGGUUGGUUAUUUCCAUUUCAUUUAGUUUUUUUCUGGGGUUUGUUCUGUUCUUUCACUUGGUCCAUAAUUCUUUGUCUGUCCUCAAUUUUGCAGCCUCCCUGUGUGUGUUUCUGUGUAUUAGGUGGCACUGCUUUGAAUCCCUGUAAGAGGCACCUGUUGGGACGAAUGUGACUUCUUUAAAUCCUUGAUUAUCAUACUUCAUUACAGCUCAAUUUCCUGACAGUUGAAGUUUUUAUUUGUUUUGAGAUAUAGUUGUGAUUUUCUUUGUGGUUGGCUGGGAAGUGAGGCAUGUCUACCUAUGACUCCAUCUUGACCAGAUGUCUCAUUAGUUCUUUAUUGCUUUCAAUCAGUUACAUCUACCCAUUGUUGAAAGGGGAAUGUGUAAGUUGUUUAAUAUUGUGUUGCAUUUUCUGGAUUUAGAUUGUAUAGUUUUGCCAAAAAUACUUAGGUGUCUGUGGUUGGAUGAAUAGUAAUUAAAAUUGUCAUCCUUUUGCUGAAUUAACUUCUUUUUCACUUUAUGAUCACAUUUUCGUCUUGUAACAGUUUGAGGUUUCUUUUUGUCAUGUAGUAUUUUAGCUACUCCUGCUCUUUUUGUUUUUAUCUGUAUGGAAAGUUUUUAUAUCUUUUUAUUUUCAACCUAUUUGUUUCUAUAAAUGUUUUUAAAGAUAUUUUAUAUAUUUUUAGAGGGAGGUGAAGGGAGGAAGAAACAUGAUAUGCAAGACAAUUAUCAAUUGGUUGCCUCUUGCACACCCCCACCUGGUGAUCUGGCCCACAACCCAUGCAUGUGCCAGGACUCAGAUUUAUGCUCAAUGCACUGAUCCAUACCAGCCAGGACAAGAAGUAGUUUUAUCUCAUUGUGGAUAGAAGAGUUCCUGGUAGGUGAUGUGUUUUCAACUGAAAACAAAUUUCAGUUGUCAUUCUUCUUGCUCUCCCAUUAGGGGAGGUCAGAUUGCUGAAGAUUUUAGAGUCCUCAGUGGGCAGGGCAGCAGUUGUCCAAAUAUUUAGCGAUCUGUUUAGAAGUUUUUGAUGGCAAAGAUUGCUGGGGAGAUACUGGUGUUAUUCAUUCAUGAUGUUGUAGCCGAGGGGAGUUCUCUUGAUAUCCAUGCUGAGAACUCUACAGGUUCUUUUGAGAUGAAAUUUUUGGGAAGUUGCAGACAUUACUGAAAAUCCUGAAGUUCUCAGAGACCAUGGUUUCCAUGGUGAUUCACAGACCAGAUCACUAGAGUCCACGGUAACAUGUGCAGUGGGUCGAUGGAAAUUCAUCCUUAAUUUUGAAUCGAACCAUCUUUGCUAAGACAGUCUCCUCUGCAAUUCCUUCUGUGUAGUUCUUUUAUACUGUACUUAUGGCUGUUUGAAGAAACUGGUUUCCUAAGCAUUUUCCCCAUUUCUCCAGGGAUGUUCCUUAUGAUGGAUAAUUUUCUAAUUAUUUUGGAAGGCAGUUGUAAAUCUGUAUGUUUUAUUCUGCCAACAUUAUUCACCACUAAUAUAGAUUGUUUUGCUUUGGUUUAUUUCUGCUAAGUUAUGCUACAACAGUAGUGGAUUUUCAUCUGUUUUGACUUCUCUUUGGAGUUGAAUCAUCAGCGUUUCAUGUAAUUGCUUAACUGGGAGGGAAUUUUAAGAGUCCUGUGUGUAUCACAAGAGGAACCUGAGUCCAGUCAUCACAGGAUGAGCCCACAGAAGGUCUGGUGUUUGUGAAUGGCGCUUGGGGAGCAUUAGAUGCAAGGGCUUUUUAAAACAUGAUAAGGAACAUGUUUUCUUUAACUUCUAAUUUUGUCACCAUUGUUGGUGGCCACAUACUAAUCUUUUGGUCCCUUCCCAGUGUUGGCACUUUGCAAAUUUGGCUGCUUUUUUUUUUUUUUUUUUUAAGAGAGGAAGAGAAACAUCAAUGUGUGGCUGCCCCUAGCGUACCUCCCUACUGGGGACCUGGCCCACAACCCAGGCAUAUGCCCCAAGUGGGAAUCGAUCUGGCAGCCCUUUGGUUUGCAGGCCGGCACUCAAUCCACUGAGCCAUACCAGCCAGGGCUGGUUGUUUUAAUAGGUAUCAUUUCUAAUCUGAUACCCAACCAGGGCUAAACUCAGGCUCUCUGACCUCUACAGCACAACCAUUCCUCUGAGGAGUCUAUUUGCUGUGCUCUCCAACUUCCGUCAACGCCUGUUUCACCGUGAAGUGUUGCUCGUGUUUCUAUACGAACCUUGCAUAGCAUGUGCUCUGCUGCUGUUGAUGAUCACGGUUUGAGGCACAUUCACAUUCCUCUACAAAAGCUGGCAGCACCAGCAGGAAGGGUUUGGCAGGCAGCUAUAUCAGAGGGACAACUUCCGAACCCUGCUUCUCUUCCUUGUGUCCCGUCCUGUCCUAGUGUCCUUUGUUUUAUGAGGUGCCCAUUAUUUACAUUCAUUGCUGCCGUAGUAAGGCACAGCCCCCACUUUUUCACAGUCUACGUCAGUUUCUGGAAAACUGUCACAUAGAAUUAUGCUUUGAUGUGAGAGAUGAGCAUCUGUGAUGAGAAAAUGCCCUGCGCUGGCUGGUGUGGCCCACUGGACUGAAUGAAGCCCUGUGAACCGAAAGGUUGCUGGUUCAUUUCCCUGUUGGGGGACAUGCCCGUGUUGCUGACUGGCUCUGCAACUGGGGGUGCUGGAGAGACAUCAGUUUGAUGUUUCUCUUGAACACUGAUGUUUCUCUCCUGACCUUUCCCUCUCUAAAAAUAAAUAAGUCAUUUUUUAAAAACUCACCCUGAUGCCCUGGCUCCUGUGGCUCAGUGGAUUGAAUGUUGGUCUAUGAAACAAAGGGUCACCAGUUUGAUUCCCGGUCAGGGAUUGUAGGCCAAGUCCCCUGUGGGGGUCGCGCGAGAGGCAACCACACAUUGAUGUUUCUUUCCUUCUCUCUCUUCCUCCCUUCCCCUCUCUAAAAAUCAAUAAAUAAAAUCUUUAAAAAACCCAAAACCUCACCGCGAGUCACCAUAUCUUACCAGCAUUUGUUUUUAUUCAUGUUGCUGCUGUGGAACAAGGGCAUGUUGGGACCCACUGAACAGCGUGUUUCUAUGAGUCUCACAGACUCUCAACUCAGCUUUGUCUUCCCAGAAGGGCCCCCACUGUGAGAGUUGUGGACUGAUCUUGAGAGACAUUUUCCUUUCUUUGACCAGCAGGGAACAGAAGUUAAGCCAAAACGGCUGAGGCGUGGGGCACAUGCAAAACCAUUUUAUCCUAAUGCGCUAUGCCACUAGCACCAGAAAAGGGGGACACAUCAAAGAACUGUUUCACAAGCAGUGUGGUCAGGGUCUCCCUUGCAAAGAGCUGCAAUUUCCAUGCAUCUCCAUGUUUCAUGGAAUCCUUGUACCUCCAGUCACAUUGGAAAACACUCCUCAUUAACUCAGGACAUCUCAAGCAACUGGCUGCUCAUACCAGCUAAAGGGCAAAGGAAAUCUCUAACUUAGAAUGACUUUUCAAAAUACUAAGUAUUAUUACACCCCCAGAGAAUGCAAGAAAGUUAUCGGCUGUGUCCACACAAAUUAAAUACAGUGUUUUGUUUUGUCUUUAAGAUUUUACUUAUUUUUUUAUAGAGGGAAGGGAGGGAGAAAGGGAGUGAAAUAUCAAUGUGUGGUUGCCUUUUCUUCACCCCCAACUAGGGACUUGGUCUGCAGCCCGAUUCCCAGGCAUGUGCCCUGACUGGGAAUCGAACCAGCAACCUUUUGGUUUGCAGGCCUGCACUCAAUCCACUGAGCUACACCAGCCAGAGCUAAAGACAGAGUUUUGUGUUCAGUGAAGGUUGGAAAUACUUAACCACAAGCCCAUCCCUUCAUGAUUGAUCAUCAGAGGUUCACACUGGAGAAAGCCCUAAUGAGUGCAGUGAAUGUGGGAAAUGCGUUAUACAAAGAUUUGCUCUUUGCCCUGGCUGGUGUAGCUGAGUGGACUGAAUGCCACCUGCAAAGCAAAGGGUAUUGCUGGUUCUAUUCCCAGUCAGGGCACAUGCCUGGGGUACAGGUCAGGUCCCCAGUUGGGGGUGCAUGAGAGGCAACCACACACUGAUGUUUCCCUCUCACCCUCUCUCUUCCCAUCUAAAAAUAAAUAAAAUCUUUACAAACAAAAGAUCUGCCCUUCAUCAACACUAUCAAGUUCAUUCUGUAGAAAAGCCAUAUUUGUGCAGUAAACGUGGGAAAAUGUGCACGAGUAGCACUGCCUUUUUCAUCUUUGAAUUACUCACAAUGGAUGUAGGCCUUUUAAGGGCAGUGAAAUCAGGACAUUUUUGUAAUGAUCUGUGCUCUGAUAUCAGAGAGUUCACAAAGGAGAUAGGCUUUCUGAGUGCAGUGAAUGUAGGAAAUCCCUUUUCCAUUGCAGUCACCUCCUUUGCCAUCAGUCCACCCUGGAGAAUGGGAUUAUGCCUGCAGUGAAUGUGGGGAGUCUUUUCUGUGCAUCAGUGAUUUCCAUUAUUAUGAGAGAGUUUACACUGUAGAAAUGUGUUUUCAGUGCUUUGAGUGUGGGAAAUCUUUUACCAGUAGCUAUGCUUUUCAUGUUAUGAGAGAAAUCACAAAAAUUAAUUUCUUGUAAGUUUAGGAAAUUUUGGAAAUCGCUUGUUCCCUGCACAUGCACAUAGAUGGGGUGACACAUAAGGCAGGUAUGUGCCCUGACCCACAUUCAAAUUUGCAUCCUUUUGAUUACGGAUUGAACUCCUCCCUCUGAUCCACAUUGGUCAAGGUUCUCUCCCUUUUUUCCUCCCUCCAUUUCCCCUCUAGAAAUAAAUAAUCAAAGAAAUAGUUUUUGAAAAACAUUUAUUCAGUGUCAGACCAUUUUAUUUGGCAUUCAGCAGCAUGUUACUAUCAAAAAAUGAUAGUAAAAUACUUUCUUGGAGCACUUAACACUUCCUACAGAAGAGGAACUAAAAUAUUCUGUUCUGAAUUUACCCACAAACCCGGUCCUUGAGUUGUCUGCCCAUUCACAUGAGAUUUGUCUAAAAUGUCUUCUUGUAGCAGCCUGACUCUGCCACCACAGUACUUGCCUGGCGUCACAGAUCUGUGGUAACCUGUAGCUUCCCUGGCUCUCCCAUCCUGCUAAGCUUUGUUUCUGGGCAGUUCUUAUCUUAACAACCUGUGCCGUGGUCUUCCCUGCCUUGGAUUCCUGGAUUGGCCAAAUGUUGGCCUCCAUCAGCAGAGGAGCAAGAACUGCUGCCUCCAAAGACUCCUCCUUUCAUGGGUCCAAAAUUUGAAGAUCGGUUGUUGUAAUUGCCAAAAAUCAUUGUAUCUUCUACCACCUUCAAACUCCCAUCAUCACCAAAUCCAUUAUAGCCAUCACCACUGGCACCAUAUUCACCACCACCACCAUAGCAGCCACCAAAGCUACCUUGACCACUAUAGUUUUCUCCAUGACCAAUGUUGUCAUUUGCACCAAAACCACCCACAAGACCACCUCUGAAGUUUCCAGAACCACUUCUCCAUCUAGGGCUGGAGAAAGCACUAGCCGUCUCUUGCUUAGAUGGGGCUUUUAUCAGUUCACAGUUGUGACAAUUCACAAUAUAGUACUUCUAAAUGACGACCUUGUCUACACAGGCUCGGUCAUCAAAGGUUAUAAAAGCAAAGACUAGUUUUGUUACCGCCUCUGUUAGUUACGACUUCAGUAACUUCAAAUUUUCACAUUGUUCAAAAGUGAUCUGUUAGGUGAUUUUUUCAAUGUCUUCUUUGAUAUCAUUGACAAUGGACUUCAUAGUUAAGGGGGCAUCAGGUCUGUGAAAAUCCUCUUUUAAAAAGUUUUCACUUAUUUAUUUUUAAAGAGCAUAAGAUAGGGAGAGAGGGGGAGAAAACAUGCUUCUGUUGCCUCUCAUAUGCCCCCAGCUGGGGAUUUGGCCCACAACCAGAUGGGUCCUGACAGGAAGCCAACCGCAAUAUUUGGAUUCCCACACCAGAGCUCAACCCACUGAGCUAGGGAACUUUCCCUUGAGAAAGACUCUGGUUCCACAACUCUUCCUCUCACCUCAUAGGGCCACGUGUUCAUGGCUGCAUCCAUCUCCACAUGUGUGACAGACUCCAAGCUUCUGUAGCACUUGGUGUUUGGAUCUCUCAUCACAUAGUCUGUGAGUGUUCGCCAUUGCUCACCAUGGCUCCUUAGUCCCUUAUCACGUUUCAAACCUCAAAACUCCAAUAAAGUGUUUCUUCAGCUGUUGGGCUGUUACGGAGGCUCUGACUUAGAUUUGAAGACUGCAGGAGGGAGAAUUUAGUGAUGCUACUUAGCAGUGUCCACCAGCAGACAGUGUCAGUAUUUGUUUACUAACUGCUGAAGACAAUUCUGUUAUUUAAAAUUUGAUUUACUUUUUAGAGAGAAGGGAAGGAAGGCAGAGAGACAGGGAGAAAAACAUUCAUGUGAGAUAAACAUCAACCAAUUGCUUCUUGCCCUCUUACAAAUGGGGACCUGGCCUGCAACCUGGCCAUAUUCCCUCACUGGGAAUUGAACAAUGACCUUUCAGUUUGCAUACUGGCACUCAGUCCACUGAGUCACACUGGCCAGGGCCAAAAAGAAUUGUAUUCGCACAUGAAAUUUCUCACUGAAUUUUCUGAGACAAGAUGUAUUUUUAGCUUUUGUGAAUAUUAGCAUGUACUUGGAAAUAGUGGUUAUGUACAAAAUUUACAUUUUGUACCAAUGGCUUUCAUACUGCCAUCUGUGAAGGUUUGGAAAGUGGGCAUGUGAAUGUAAGAAAGAUGUUUAGGGUUGUUGUAUUUCUCCACUUUGCAGGGAAAUGAUCAUUUUACUUCUCAAUGUAGUGACAUUUUCUGCAUGGGGACUAGAGGAUUAUUUCUAUUAAAGAGUUAUGGAUUCCAGAAUGGAAGCCUAUGGGACAACUUCAAGAGAUCCAACAUUCACAUCAUAGGGUGCUAGAAGGAAAAGAGAAAGAACAAGUAGUUGGAAAUCUAUUUUAAAAAAUAGUGAUAGAUAACUUCUCUAAUUUUGUGAAGCAAAUAGACAUGCAAGUCCAGGAAGCACAGAGAGUCCCAAAUAAGAUAGGUGCAAAAAGGCCCAUUCGAAAACACAUCAGUAUUAAAACACCAAAGGUUAACCCUGCCUGCUAUAGCAUAGUGGAUUGAGUGCCAGCCUGUGAACUGGAAGGUUAUGAGUUUGAUUCCCAGUCAGGAUACAUGCCUGGGUUGUGGGCCAGGUCCCCAGUUGGGGCAGCAAGAGGCCACCUAUCAGUGUCUCUCUUGCACAUCAUUGUUUCUUUCCCUCUCUUUCUCCUUCCCUUACUCUCUCUUAAAUAAAUAAAAUCUUUCAAAAAGGGGGGGAUGGAAAUGGAAGUUUAAGAUUCAGGCAAUAAUAUAUUAUGUCAUUCAGUUUCUAUUAUAGUCCAUAAUCCAGAGUAAAGAAUGCAGAUCACUUCACAAAAGAGGAAUGUUAAGGUCAAGAAGAAAAAAAUAAAAUGCCAAAGGUGAAAGAUAAAGAGAGAGUCUUAAAAGCAGUGUAAGAAAAGAAGUUAGUUACCUACAGGGGAAUUUCCAUAAGACUGUCAGCUAAUUUUUCAAAAGAAACUUUGCAGGCUGGAAGGGAUUGGCAAGAAGUACUGAAAGUCAUGAGAAGCAGGGACCUACGGCCAAGAUUGUUCUACCCAGCAAAGAUAUCAUUUGGAAUCCAAGAAGGAGAGAUAAAGGACUUCCCAGACAAGAAAAAACUAAAGGAGCUCAUGAUCACCAAACCAUUAUUAUGUGAAAUGUUAAGGGGACUUAUUUAAGAAAAAGAAAAUAAAAAAUAUAAACAAUAAAUGGCAAAAAAAAGGCAAUAUCAACAAUUGAAUCUAAAAAACAAACUAAGCAAUAAGAAGAAUAGAUACCAAAUCAUGGAUAUGGAGAAUGUUUUGAUGGUAGCCAUAUUGAAGGUGGGGUGAGGGGGAAUGGGUAAAGAGGUGAGGAUAUUAAGAAGUGCACAUAGGUAGUGACAGAAUAGCCAUUGGAAUAUAAAGUACAGUAUAGGAAAUGAAGUAGCCAAAGAGCUUAUAUGUAUGACCCAUGGAUAUGAACAAUGGUUGGGGGACUGCCUAA